AAUUCUGUUCUUCAAUAAAACAGUAGUUUAGUUUUUUGUUGUCAUAGGCUGUGAAAAGUUUUAGUGAAAGUUUAUGAAUUUCACGCUUAACUGGAAACUACCAAAUAAACCAAAAUAUUUAUAGACAAAAUUGUGCAUUUGCUAUUAGUUAAAUAUAUUUUUUUGCCUCCAUUUACAUACAUUUACCUGGCGCAUUUUUCGUGCUGGCAAUGUAAUCACACCGAGCUGAAGACAAGUGCCAGUGACCUAGAUUUUGGGAGUCCUGCGCUUGGGUAGAGUAACGACAACACCACCGCCACCGCAAUCCUGCUCCGUGCCCGUUAAUCCCUCCAGCUGCAGCAACAAAGUAAAGGUCACAAAUCGCGAGGCAAGCCUUUUUUGGGUUAGCGGAGUCAGAGAUCACAACGAGCUUAGUGUACCCCUCAACAAAUAUAUGACUGGGUGACCAGGAUCUGACAUGCGUAACAACAGUGGCUAUAAUAUCCCAGCCAGCAACAGUCUGAACAACAAUGGAGGCGCAGCGCCACGUUACUGCAAUGCGGACAAUACGUUUUGCUACUAUAGCUACGAUAACUGCAACCUGAUCGCUCCAGCGUGGGGCAAUCGCCAGAACCAGAAUCAAAAUCCAGUGCCCAACCAGAACCACAAUCUGCCGACAAAGAGAAUUCCCACCAAUCAUGCGAACAGAUCGAGCUACCUUCAAUCGGCGGCCAAUUCGGCGCCCGACUCAUCACUCUUUACCGAUGCAUUUGGCCAGCACUCGCUGGUCAGCCAGCGGAUAGCUGGCAACAAGAGUUGCGAGUACGUCUAUCAGACGGUUCAGCGAUCAGAGGAUCUGCAUGCCAAUACGCAGUACAAGCAGGCAAGGUGCUAUGGCGCUGACAAGGAGCAACAGCAGAUGUUGCUGCAUCCACCCAUCGUGUACUUCGAUCCGGAGCUAAAGAAACGGAAAGCAAGAGGGGGACGUGUGUCCACCGAUUAUGUGGACAAUAGUCCGGACCGAUAUCGGCCAGUCAAUUCCCCUGCACCAGAGCCGUCUUGGGAUAACAUACUCUCGGAACGCCCUGUCCAGUAUCAGACGACGAACCAGCACUAUCAGCACUAUUUUUCGUACUUUUACAACCGUGGAGCGGAUAAACAGUCCAAGCCAACGUUUGCCGCUGCCAAUAGCCGCAAACUGCCAAUGAGUAAAUUCCAAAAGGACGGCGCCAGUCGCAGGGAUUCGCGAGAUGUCGAUGACACGGUUACUAUUGGGCGACGGAACAAUUCCGAGGACAGGAGCUGGCAGGGUCAAAAGAAUGAGAAGCACGUGCUAAAGGAGAAGCUGCCAAGCAAUGAUCUGGAAGCCGAUUACCUGGACAAUGGCUGGGGAGACCCUGAAAGCGGAGAGGACUACAGGGAUAUUAAAGAUGGCUAUGACCCUGUUGUUGUCAUUGACAAUGGGCUGGAGCAGGUUGGAGUACAUCGGCGUUACUGCAGAAUGACCGAAAAUACGAUCCUGGAUAACUCCGGAGACACCCUUAUUAACAACAACAAUAAUGAAUUGAAGGUUAUGCGUAAGUCGACGGAGCAGCCCGUGCCACGGUUGCCCAUGACGCCCAAGAGGGCCAAAGGUGGGGCCGCGUCUUCCAAAAAGCCAAUGCCCACGGUCCACCGAGUCCUGCUGUACAGCACACAGAGUCCACGGCUGGGCCGGAAGCAGCAGUUCAGCACCCAGCGGCUGAGUGCGAAGCAGCAGAGCGCCAAGGCACUGGGUGCAGGUGACGAGGGACAGACGGUCAUAUUGCUGGAGCCGGAACACAAACAGGAAGACCACCGCAGUGCCAUUGACUUCGAUCGUAAUGACGACUUCGACGAAGAUGAUGAUCUCGAUAAUCUUUCGAAUUUUGAUGAAAGCGACACGGCGAGUGUUCUGUCAGACACCGAGGACGGUUAUCGUGCCCAUGCCUACAAGCUCACCCACUCUGUGGAUCGAUUUUUAUCGCCCCAAAGCACGCCCAGCUUUUUGUCAUCACAGUCUUCUGAGGAUGAUCUGAAAAAUCCGGAUUCCCUUCUGGUUCCCAGUUUGUUUCCCUACGUGCCCCCUUAUUUGUCCUUUUCGUCAAACACAAAACGAGGUCCUCGCGUGCCGCCGGAUCUACAUCGGGUUCUGAAGUGGCGCAUUACAAACAUAAUGCCCAAGGUAGUUCGUCUGAUUCUGGCCAACAGUGGAAUGCGAAUGCUUAAAAAAACCAACGACUGGAUGGGCGUAUGGGGCAAGCAUUUAAAAUCACCGUGUUUUAAGGCCAUUCGAUCGUAUCAGAAAAUCAAUCACUUGCCCGGUUCAUUUCGCAUCGGUCGAAAGGAUUCGUGCUGGAAAAAUCUGCAAAGGCAGAUGGGUAAGCACAGCAACAAGGAAUUCGGAUUCAUGCCACGCACAUACAUUAUCCCCAAUGAUCUGGGCGCCCUGCGCAGGCACUGGCCGAAGUAUGCCCAGCGAAAUACUAAGUGGAUAAUAAAGCCACCAGCCAGUGCUCGGGGUGCUGGCAUCAGGGUCAUUAACCGGUGGGGGCAGAUACCCAAGAGAAGGCCCCUUAUUGUACAAAAGUAUAUAGAACGACCGCUUCUUAUAAAUGGUAGUAAAUUUGACUUGCGUUUGUAUGUCUUGGUCACAUCAGUGAAUCCCCUGCGAGUAUUUAUGUACCACAACGGAUUGGCACGAUUUGCGUCAGUAAAGUACAGCGCUAAGGCGGAUACUUUGAAUGAUCGGUGUAUGCAUUUGACCAACUACAGCAUCAAUAAGUUUUCCUCGAACUACUCGAAGAACGAAGAUGUUAAUGCCUGCCACGGACACAAGUGGACUAUCAAGUCUUUGUGGACGUAUUUGGCCAAUCGGGGAGUGCGUACCGACUGUCUAUGGGAGGCUCUCAGAAGUUUAGUUCUACGGACGAUUCUCGCUGGCGAGAAUGGCAUUAAUAGCAUGAUUAGAGCAAAUGUUGAAUCAAAGUACAGCUGCUUUGAGCUAUUCGGCUUCGAUGUUAUUUUGGACUCUGACCUGGUUCCUUGGCUUUUGGAAGUUAAUAUUUCUCCCAGUUUACAUUCGGAACUGCCCCUAGAUGCUCAUGUCAAAGCGCCUUUAGUGCAGGGCGUUCUUAAUACAGCACUGUACAACGUACCUCCAAAACUAUCUCACGAUAAACAAAAAGAACUGGCAGCAGAAUUUUCCUUUCCUCCCGGCACACAAAUGUGCUACGACAAACGGCUUUACAUCAACUACUUGUCUCGCGAGGAAAAGAUCAAACAUAACACAUUUACCCGAAAAUCUAUGGAAGAUCGGAAUGAGUAUGUCAAUGCGAUCCUGAAUAAUCUGACCCCCGAUGAUGUGAGGUGCCUUAUAAUAGCCGAGGAUGAACUGGCGCGAUGUGCACCCCUGGAGCGCAUCUUUCCAACUGAUCAAACCCAUAAGUACCUUAAAUAUAACGACACUCCGCGGUAUUACAAUCGCCUUUUGGAUGCCUGGGAAUCGCGCUACGCUAACAAUCGCACAGAAGGGAUUGCGUUGUUGCGCGAUUAUUGUCAAAACAAAUAUCAUCUUCAAGUCCCAACACCUCCAGCCAAAAAGGACUCGAACGAUGAAGAAAUUAGCAUAGCGACGCCAAAUACUAUAAAAGAUGAUAUCGAAUCCUAGCAUCUGCAUUUGAAUGGUUGACCAGACAACUGAUCAAGACUCCGUUUGGCCUGCAAUAAAACAAAUUUUAUUUUAAAAUUCAAUAUUCGGAUUAAUGCGGCAUUGUGCACGUGUUCGGCAACAAUUGAAAUUUAUAUGUAAUUCUAAUGCAAUUAGAAAAAGUUGCAGUGAAUUAUUAAAUUAUAUGUUAACUCAUUUAA